UUGACCCUUAUAAAUUAUAUAUUCAAGUUGUUUAACAUACUUUUUGGAGUACCAACGAGUAAAAUUGUGUCUCCGGAAAGAACUUGAGCAACUGUCCCAUAAAGCCACUUCAUAUUGUAUGGCUUUUGUUCAAAUUCUGUAGAAGCAUGUUUAAAACAAUAACUAUAACGUUCACAAAAUUGUUCUUUCAGAUGGUUUGAUUCGUUUAGGAAUUUUCAUAAAACUGUGAAAUCAGUAACACAUUGAUUGAAUCGAAGUUUAUUAAAACUUAUUUCGUUACCCAAAAAAAAUGUCAUUGCACCGGCUUAAAUUUAUUAUCGUACCGAACCCUACUAUACUUUUAUGGUAGAGAGUUUAAUAUUGCAUAGUAUACUUAUAUUAAAAAAUUAGAAUCUAUUGAUAUUUUAAUCAUAGAAUCUAAAAAUAAUUUUAAUGCAAUUUUUCAUAUUAAUUGCAUUAAAAAUUUAAUUUUCUAUAUUUUUACUGGCAUAGAAAGAAAAAGAAAUGAUCCCGAGUACAAUUUAUUCAAAACUUCACUCGAGUGUUUUAAUAAAUAGUGUCAAGUUAUUUAAUGCAAUUUGUACACAAGCUGUCAAAAAAUUGCUUGAUAUGUAAAUAAUAAACUUUAAUUUGAUUGAUUCUGCAAGUAAACAUGUUUUUUUUUUUGAUACCUUGGCAAAAAAAACAAAUUUUCGGUGGUCCAGGCAACAAUGAUUCUGAAACUGAUAAAAAGACAAGGCGUUGAGUUAAUUGAUUAAAAAAAAGAACAAGUAAUCUUUAGUAAAGUUUCUUUUUAAGAACUUUUUGAGAAGCUUUAUUAAAGAAAUUAGCACACUCAUUAACUAUAACCUAAAGAUACUACGACUUCUUUGAAAAUGAAAUCGAAUGUUGAAACUAAUACUGGAUGUUUAACAUACAAUAAUAUUAGGAGUAAUGGUCUAGGCGAUUUAGGACAAUUUCGUACAGUUGGUGAAAAAUUCGGAUGGCGUUUACGAAAACCUGUUGCUGGCGUAGACGCAUCUUCUCGACCUACCACGCAGCUUGAUGGUCGACAGGUAGCAUCAGUUCAUUGGAUAUGCUUAGCAAGUCGGGAAUAUGGUUUAAAAAUAGUUAUGAAGAAUUUGGAUAAAUUUUACUUUUCUGGGUUCAAAAUCACCGAUUAUGAACCUUUGAAAACCCACAUACAAAAGUAUUGGUCGUGUACUUUAGAAAAAGGAAAAUGGUGUUCUACUGGAUGGCAUUGGGGAACGCAUACAAUUGAUAAAAAUUCGUUUACAUUUCAAGUAAAUGAUUGUGAUGCGUUUGAUAUUCCCCGAGAUCGAAUAAGUCAUGUUUCUGUUGCUAAAGGAAACGUGUCUAUGCUUAUAGAAGGUGAUGCUGACAGAGCUGAAGCUGAGGAUCAAUUACUUGAGAUAAGACUUUAUACACCUCCAAGUUUAAGUGGAAAAGAAGAGGAUUUGGAGUCACAUAACGAGGCGUUAUUAUCUCUUCCUAGAACGAAAUCUCGCUCUACCCUAGAACCCUUGUGUGUCUUUUCUGAUGUUAAAUUUUUGGUACCGGCGGGCCGCUUUGAUCUUCAUAUAAUCAAAACAAUGAUAAAACUACACGGAAAAUCUAAUGAUUUUAAAAUUAUGUAUGAAAACAUUAUAGAAAUGUAUUUAUUACAUGGAGGCUCAUCUCCUCAUGUCACGCUUUUAUUGCGCCUAGCAUCUCCACUUCGCAAGGGACACACACCUUAUUAUAAUGCGGUUCUUCAAUUUGAUGAAAGAAAAGAAAUUGAAAUCGUUUUGGGUGGGGGAGAGGAAGAAAUAUCGAAUUUAAAAAAUUCUUUUAAAAGUUCUCAUGUGGCAUGUGACAUAAAGCAAAAUAUGUCGGAUCAUAUAUAUAAAAUUGCUUCAUGUUUACUGGUUGCCCUUCUUAAGAAGGAUAUUAUAACUUCAGAAACAUUCAAAUCCUUUUCUGGGCACCCUUGCUUCCGGUGUAGUUAUAAAGCAGAAAGCGGUAGCUUUUAUCCAUUGGAAGAAACAUUUAUUUUCAUUCAUAAACCGAUACUUAUCCUAAAGUAUGUAGAUAUUACGUCAAUAACGCUUGGGCGAACUGUUGGUGCCCAAACGAAGCUUUUUGAAUUUGACGUUCAUAUGAAGGGUGGUCAAACACAUUCUUUUAGUUCCGUUGAUCGACAAGAAUCUGGUCCCUUACUGGAUUUUUUGAAAAAAAAGGAAACUAUAACCAUUCAAUCUUCUGAACUUGGCAAAGCGUACGAAAGAUCUGAAACAUUUUUGAAUGAACAGCUUUCUGAAGACGAUGAUAGUGAAGACGCAGAUCAAGCUAGCUCUGAAAGCGGUGAGUCGAAGGACGACGACGAGGAAGAUGAUAAUGAGACGAAUGAAGUGGAUUCAAAUGAAUCGUCACUACCGGACGCUUCAGUGACAAGAGAAAAAAAAGAAUCUCGAAAGAAACAUUUGUCAUCAACGACGUCUAAAAUUUCCAUGAAAACAUCGAAAAGUUAACUUUAUAACAAUUUAAAAAUGUAUGUCAAGAUUUUUUUUUUUUUGAAGAAAAGCUUUCUGUCAUUCAAAAACCUUUUGCUAUUUACAAAAUUAAUGUACUACAAGACGUGUUUUUCUUUUAGAAACUUUUUUACUAGAAUUUUCUGCUUAUUGCGUUUUUUGUUUUUUUGUACAUUAAUUUUGCUGUUUAUUAAACUAUAGUUUUUACAAACAUUAAACAUCCUUCCAACCUUUGUGCGCACACACACACACACACACACAAA